CUCAAUGGCGACUCCCGUGCAAUCCGCAAUGUCCGCAGGGCAACCACUGAGUCUUGCAGAUGUGGAUCAAUUGGUCCAGACCCUACGCCCCCUGACAGAGGAGCAACUGAAGACACUGAGGGACCAGCUCUGUCCAGGAGAUGUCUCUGUGGGCGACACGUUGGAGGACGUCCUUCGGUACUGGAUCGAACAUGAGUCAAAUCCCACGAGACGUCUACUGGAGCAGAAACUACAGGCUCUUGGUCCUGAAAGCGAAGGAGCAGAGUUGCCGGACGAAUCAAAACCUAGCAUAGUUAAAAGAAUUUUUGGUGCUUUUUCUGAGCGUGGAAAACGACUGGUGAAGAAUGCAGAGAUCAAAGACCUCAUCGACAAAUGCGGAAAAGGCAACAGGGAAGCAGUUGGUGAUCUUUUGACGAAAAUCAAACCCAACGUGGUCCAUAACAGGCAGACUCCGUUGCUGGCAGCUAGUCUGAUGGGUCAUCUGAACAUUGUGAAAGACCUAGUGGAGGCUAAAGCAGAUGUCAACUUUGUCACUGAAGGAAGGGCUGGGAGGCCGGCACUGAAUGCUGCAUGUAGUCGUGGUCAUUAUGAAGUGGCUGAGUACCUACUGGACCAGGGAGCCUCUGUCAAUGCCACAGACGGGGAACAGUUUUCAGCUCUCCAUGAAGCCACUUUCAACGGCCAUCCAAGAGUGGCCAAACUACUCAUCGAGAGAGGAGCGGACAUUGAGAAGAACUCUAAUGAUGGGAGUACAGCUCUAAUGGUUGCCAGUGCAGGGGGAGACGUGGAGACAGUAAAACUGCUGCUGGAACGCAGAGCUAACUCUUCCCACCGACUGCCUAAGUGGGGCAGGACUGCAAUCCACAAUGCUGCCUCCAGGGGUCAAGCUAAGGUGGUGGAACUGCUACUGGAGGCCGCUGACUGUCCUAUUGACGACCAAGACAGCGCUGGGGCAACCCCACUUAUCAUGGCCGUACGAGGUUCGUUGAUGAGAAACACCCUUGAGAAAGUGGCUAGAGCACGUGCCGGCCUUCUGGAAACUGUGAGAUUCCUCGUUGGUGCAGGGGCCAACCUCAAUAUCCAGGACAAGACUGGGAAGACAGUUCUGAUGUUUGCUGCCAAGGACAAGCGCUUGGAUGAGGUCAAAGUACUGGUUGAAGCUGGAGCUGACCUCAACAUACAGGACCAGGAGAAGGGCUGGUCGGCAAUUUUCUUUGCUGCUGAGAAAGCAGAUGUACCGAUGGCUCAGCUCCUCUGUGAAGCUGGAGCCAAUCUUGAUCUACGGGACAAGAAAAAGAAGAGUGUCCUGGAUGUGGCAAAGACCUACAGUCCAACAAUCCACGAGAUGCUGGAGAAGGCAAAGUCAGAGAAAAAUAAACCUGGGAAGGAUGAAGGCAGAGAAGAGAUUAAUUCUCAAAAACAAAGAACUGAGGAUGACGCUGCAACCGUGGAACAAACUGUACAUUAAUAUCACUGCCACAGAUGCCUCCUUACUACAAGUACGACGACAGAUACCCAGAAUACGGGUUCUUUGGAAAUCCGUGGAAGCAGACGGUCACAAGCGGCUGGCGCUCACAUCAGCUGGAGGGAGGAGAUAGGGUGGAGUUUGUUAUCCCUCACGGGGCAGUCCCUCGCGGACAGAGAGCUGGAACGAGUGUCUGGCCGUGUUGUGACGGUCCGUUCUCAUUGCCCAUGACUAUGAACUAGCCAGCCCUGUGUUCCUCGCUCUCUCCCUCGUUUCAAUUCUCACGUGACGUAACUCUCAGAAUGUACCACUAUUCAAACUUGGAAACUGUGGAGGACUGUGAGGAAAUGGUCUUCUUUCUGCAUCUGCCACUUUGUCGCACACACAGAGCAAUCGAGUGUAUCAUUUAAAGUCCUGGGAAAUGGGGUUUUGAGCCCGAUCAGGGUUAUGGUCGAGUAUUUCAGAGGCUCAUUUCUGUCUAAAAGCUGCUGGUCGAAAACGCAAUAAAAGAAAACGGGGCUAAACAUCGAUAUGUCUGCCAAAUGUAUAGAAUAAAGGAGUUCGAGGAUAAGGAUAAGGCUAUUUUUCAUGCGUUUUCUUGACCAUAGAGAGUUCUUUUCGCUCAACUCAGAGAAAAUGUAAAGAACAUUCCACUGAUAUGAGACACUUUCAUCUGAGUCAAUAACUGUACUAGAAAACACUAUAGAUUUGCAGUGGCCUCAUUACAGGUUGGAGGGUCACCCCAAACAGCGCCCCUGUCAGCUGACAAAAAGAUAUGUUGGACUCCCACCAGAGAAUUCCUAUCCCCCUAUGAUCAAGUUGAAAAUUCAACCCACAACUUUCACUUGCGAUCCACUGAAGUUCCAGUGGAGAUAGUUGGCAUCAGAGAGGCAAGAAAGACAUUCAUACUGAAUCCAAAAUUACGACCAGGGACUUCGCUAUCAUCACCAACUUCUUCUGGUCCAUUCAGUCCACACCGGCUCCAGUCCCCACAGACUCCUCUAACAGGACAGUCACUUCGCGUUUGCAACAACUGACGUCACUUUCAAGCUCUCCUACCUCUCUCUGCGGCACCUGGCCGACCAUGGAGACUCAAAGACAUUGAUGAUCGUCAAUCAGUCGUAGUCAUCCCUUGCUGAAAUAGCCAGAAAAUCGCCCCACUGGAGAACCUCUGGUCCAUACCUCGUACCUCACGACCACAGGAGAGGAGCUUGUCCAAAAUACAGGACUAUGGAAUGCAGACAGACGAGAAUUUCUGGAGGAUGGGAAGGGAUGAAUUGAGAGGAGAGGGGCCUACGUACAGAGCCCUCAUCACCUCGCCACAGGGGAGCAGACGACAGCAUUGCGGACUGUGUGAGAUCACUCUGCUAGAGAA